GCGCGGGUGUGCGCCCGGGCCUCGGCUGCGUGCGCUCCCCGCAGACCUGCCUCCCCGCCUUCCGCUUCUCAGCGCGGGUUCUCUCUCUGCCCAGCUCUCCUCCCGCUUUUCCUCUGGAGAAUGGCUCAGAAGGAGAACACCUACCCGUGGCCCCACCACUCGCAGACGUCUCAGUCAGGCCUGAAGACCCUGCCCCAGAGAGUCCUGCGGAAGGAGCCUGCUGUGAUGUCGGCUCUUGCCCUCAUGAACCGUUCCAAUGGCCAGUCCACAGCCACCCCUGGCCGGAAGCUGACCGAGAACUCGAGUCAGGCCUCCACUGCCUUGCGGUCUCCCACUAUUGACGACUUUGAGAUUGGGCGUCCUCUGGGCAAAGGCAAAUUUGGAAAUGUGUACUUGGCUCGGGAAAGGAGAAGCCAUUUCAUCGUGGCCCUCAAGAUCCUCUUCAAGUCUCAGAUUGAGAAAGAGGGCGUGGAGCACCAGCUGCGCCGAGAGAUCGAAAUCCAGGCGCACCUGCAACACCCCAACAUUCUUCGCCUCUACAACUACUUCCACGACCGGCGGAAGAUCUACCUAAUACUGGAGUACGCCCCCCGCGGGGAGCUCUACAAGGAGCUACAGAAGCACCGAACUUUCGAUGAGCAGCGGACUGCCACGGUGAGGGCGAUCAUGGAAGAAGUGGCAGACGCCCUGAUGUAUUGCCACAGGAAGAAGGUGAUCCACAGAGACAUAAAACCCGAGAACCUGCUGUUGGGUCUCCAGGGGGAGCUGAAGAUUGCGGACUUCGGCUGGUCUGUGCAUGCCCCCUCCCUGAGGAGGAAGACCAUGUGUGGUACCCUGGACUACCUGCCCCCAGAGAUGAUUGAGGGGCGCAUGCAUAAUGAGAUGGUAGAUCUCUGGUGCAUUGGGGUGCUCUGCUAUGAACUGAUGGUGGGGAACCCACCCUUCGAGAGCCCUAACCACAGUGAGACGUAUCGUCGGAUUGUCAGGGUGGACCUGAAGUUCCCCGCCUCAGUGCCUGAGGGGGCGCAGGACCUCAUCCGAAAGCUGCUCAAACAUAACCCUUCGGAUCGGCUGCCUCUGGCACAGGUCUCAGCUCACCCUUGGGUCCGGGCCCACUCCCGGAGGGUGCUGCCUUCCUCUGCCCUUCAGCCUGCGUCUUGAAGUCGCCCCUGUUUGUUUGUGUAUCUGUGCAUGUGUCCGGGGAAGGGGACAGUAGCUCACAACUAUCCCCAACUCCAGUUCUAGGGGUUCUAGCCCCUCUUCUGAUCUCCACAGGCAAAACCAGGUGAACAACAGCCUGGCAGGU